GUUAGUACCUAUUGCGCGUACAGUGUUAUUGUUUUGUGGAAAAAACUGUGAAUCUUAAAUAAAUUGCAACUUAUUUUGUGAACACUUCUUGUUAAUUUAAAUAUUUGUUCUUUACAUUUUAUUUUAUUGAGUGGAAUAUGUCAUUCUCGGUCGAGGUAAUUUCCUAUCCUGAGAGCCAAGAGCUGUCGCGCGCUGGCUGUCCUUACAGGUCGCCGCUGUGAAAUACUAAGAAACACUUUUUUGAAUAUUCGACCAAGCGAGGAGAAGGCGCCACGUGUGGGCCUGUGCACAACCGGGGGCGGGCGCUUCGCGCCGCCCCACAACUUUAUACGGUUAAGAUUAAAAAAAGUCUAAAUAUCAAUAUUUUCAUACGGCUAUUUGUUUUGGUUCAGAUACCCGGAUGAUAUAUUGACGAAGGCUCAAAGUAAGCAUGAUGUAGGGCUGGAUCCACACAUCAUUGCUCCAGAUCCAUAUGUUACGACGGAUGUGUAUAUUGAUGUCUUUGGCCCGGAUACUAAAGACAUUUUAACAUCGACGGAACAAGAAAACACAAUGAGCACGGGUGACGAUGACUUAUCGUCUGGAAUAAAUGGAAGAUUGAGGCCUAGGAAGUCUUUCGUGUCCAGUCCACAAACAACCAAGACGACACGAAGAUUAGAAUCCAAACUUUCGCAAGACAAACCCAAGCGUGUUUCUACCCAAUCUAAGAAUCCGCUUACUAAAUCUGAUGAUCUCUCUAAAAAGUCUGACUUUCCCUCUGUCUUAGAAUAUCUUUGCCCCUACUGCGAUAAAAUUUUUGUAUCUAAGCAAACAGCUUCUAAACAUGCUCGACGUAUUCAUUUUUUGACUUCGAAACAAGGCGAGAAAGGUGUUAUCAAUUGCCUUUACUGUAGCCACUCUGAUCCUGAACCCAACAAUAUUUUCAAGCAUAUGAUUGAUAGUCACCCCAAUCAAUAUUUUGCCUGUCUGGAUUGUCACACAAGGUUUCUAUCAACAUCAGAAUUGGCUGAACAUAAACUUAAUGUCUGUGAAAAGCAAAAACUACAUUAUAAAAGUAAAUUACCUCAAAAAUCAAACAGAGCUAGCAAAAAGUCUCGUAAGCUUGAUCGACAAGUUGUAAUACGGGACGAACAAAGGCAUGGCUAUAAUAGCAUUGUUAUAUCGUGUGAACUUAAACCUACCCACGUGACCGACGCUGCUGAUAUUGAAGACAACAUUACGACCAACUUAAUUUUGCCGUCGAUUAAUCAGGCUAAUAACCUUAUUGACAAAAAUGCGGUUAUACUACUUGAUGAUUUACAAUGGAAAAAGCGGAUACCGCAAAAUUUUUCAUUUCAUAAUACAGAUGCCGAUCAAAUUUUAUCAAGAUUGGGAGUAGUACAUAGGUCCCCUAGAACUGGAGAAUCUACUCGUAAAGAUUGGUUUAAAGUCAUUGAUGAUGCAACUCAGAAGUUUGAAAGAUGCUUCGAUACCAACUUUUAUUCUAAAGUCGCCAGUAAUGUACAAGAAAAUUUAUCUAAGUUUCUUGACGGUUCCUUCAAUUUUAAUCCAGAUCCGAAUCAUACGAUUAAAACAAGGAAAGCUAAAAAUAGUGUCCCUAUUAACACAGUUGAGGGGUUUCCAAUUUUAUUAUCGUGUGAACAGUACUCACGAAAUAUAUUUGAUGUAUACAUGCCACGAGCAAUAGCACCAAAACACAAAUGGAAGUGGGACAACUUGGAGAACGACAGGAAUUCUUUUAAUGCAGACCAAAUAAAGCGGGAUUCACAUGUAAAUAACUGUAUAGUAACGUUGGUUUCAAGUCUCGAUAUAUGGACUCAACUAUGUAUGAGACAUAAAUUUGAAGAAAAAUUUAAAACGACACCUUUUGAGAAAAAAACUGAAAAGAAAAAAAUUAUAAGUAAUGAAUUAAAAGAAAUACUCGAAAGUAGACAAUUACCACCAUCCUCGGCACAGGUGUCUCGGAAUUGUAGUGCACUUGUCAAAGUUCCUAACAACCUUGAAUUUCCAACAUCAUUAGGUCUUACACCAUCUACUAGUAAAUAUGAAAUACAACCUGCAGUUUUGAGUGGAGAAUGGGUGAGACCUCGUUGUUAUGUAUGUUGUGCCUGUGGAGCACAAACUAGGGACCCUCGAACUCUUUCAACACACAUUUUAACUGAACAUCCUAAUGCCCAAGUUCAACAUUACGAGAUACCUGGAGAAUUAUUGCUGAAUGCUGAUAUUCUUAGACAUUUGUAUGUACCACCUAGCCCUGUGCAAAAUAGAACCCGACCUCCAAGGGGUUUUCGAGAAUGCACUAAAUGCAAUAAAUCUAUAACAAUUGAAGAUCUACAUCAGCACAUGUUAGAUUGUGCCGGAGAUGUGCCAACAGUGAGAAGAAAAUGUCGAUAUCGCCAGUUUGGGGUACGAAAAAGACGUACACGUAUUCAAGAUAGCAGAAUACGAAAAAAAAUUCGUAAAGACAUACAUCGACAAAAUGGAAGACCUAGACCAAAAAUUCGAUCCGAAGUUGGAGACGCUGAAACCAUCAGAAAAAUGUUAGCAGAUUUACCAGCAAAACGCCACCGGGUAACUCCAACAGGAUCAAAUUUGAGACCUAAGAAGAAAAUUAAUCCACAGUUAGAUCAACUUACUUUUAGUAAACGCCAUACAGAAGUGAAUAAAAACAGGAAAUCUAACACUGAAUUCCAAGGUGCCGGAGAACCUAAGAAUUUUAAAGAAACUAAAAUUAUGAAAAAGAAAUUAACCCGUCGCAGCACGGUUAUGUUAAGUAAGAAAGCGAACAAAAGUCAAAGAAACGAUAGCAAUAUAAGAUAUGAUUCUAGAAUAGAAGCUGUUAGUCAUCAACUAUCAUUAUCUUCAGAUAGUAGUGCAGCCUCAGCUGAUUCUAAGACACAAGUUUUAUCUCUCCAGAAUCAACCCAACAGAAUAAAUGUCAACUCUGGACCUUACAACACACGAGAGCAAGCAAAUGGAUCCAACAAUGAUGGCUCUAAUAAUCGAGAAAAUCAAAACCCUGAGCGAAAUGAUAAUAAUGGAAAUUUUCAUGAUCAGGGAGCACCUCCCCAAAAUAUUCCAUUAAAACACUCAAUUGCUCGCUUAACGGCUGAUUCUGACACCCAUGAUAAAGCCGUCCAAUUUCAUCAUUUGUUUUUAGUGCAACAGGAAUGCAAUAAUGUAACGCAACAUGAUCCUUCUGGGCAACCAGUUUUCUUUGAAGAUAAAGCAGUUACUGUUAAACUUGAUAAACCACCUUUAGAAAGUAAAGAAAAAAUUGAAGAUUUAGACAAUCUAAAUAAUCAUAAAAACAAAUUAAAUAAACAACGAAAAGGACUCAAUGAUUGUAUUGCUAUGCUAAAAAAUAAAUUGGUUGAACCUAGUAAAUCUCCUGAGGUAUCUAUACAGUGUAAAAUCGAUGAAAUACCUCCGCCUCUUCCGCCUCCUCCGCCGAAACGAGUUAUAACCAAUCGCAACGAUAUUACUGUUCAAUGCCCAGAUGAUAAUCAAGCACCUGAAACCGUAAUAACUCCGCGCUCUAGAAAUAUAUUAAAUAAAGGAAACAUUACGGAAAAGCACGUUAAGUCAGCAUCCCGAACAGAAAGCACAAACCAGAAAUCAGAAUCAGUUACAACGCACAAAGUUAGUUUGAGUAUUGAUAUGGAAAAUAAACAUCUUGAUAAUCCUGCAUCGGUUGGUAUUGCAGAUACCGCUGAGCUUAUAAAUUGUGAUCGUAAUAAUUAUUUGCCAGUUUUUAAGAAAACUGGAAGAUCGCCAAAAUACAGUGAAUCUGAAUUAAGUGCAAGUGUUUCAGAAAGUGAUCAAAACACAGAAAAUGAUAAUUUUGUUAGAGGAAGUGUGUCUCGUCAAGCUGUACAUAUAAAUGUUACGGCCAAGGAAACUAAAAAUAUUUUAACGGUAAUAAAUAAAGAAGGUUCCUCACUGGACAGAUCGGUGAUGCAAGUUUUGGAAUCAAAUCACAAGGAAGCAAAAGAUGGACAUCAAAAAGUAAAUGAAUCAAUGAAUGGAUUGUAUGUGCCUGAAGUCAUACCACCUGCGCAUUGUAGUGUUGAUGCUGAGUCUAUAUCAACGGCACCGUUAGAUUUAUCGGGCAAAUUAUAUGUAAAUGAAGUGAUUGCCCAUUGCUCUAAGCAAGAUAUUUCAUACAACAGUUCCGCUCAUGUAUAUGAAACUUUAGAUUUGUCAAACAAAGGAAUAAAUAAAGUCUUUCAAAAGGGUGAUGCUAUCGAACUAUCCAAUGACGAAGUCGUAGUUGAUUUACGGGUGAGGCCAGCGAUUCCUUCUACAUCUACUGCUUCUUUCAAUUAUUCCGAAGAUAUAAGUUACAAUGAUAUGACAGCUACCGAUUUAUCUGUAAGACACACGGAAUUCAUGCCUACCGAUUUAUCUGUGAAGGGAAAUGUAAAACCUGGUAAUUUUAUUGAAAUGAAAGAUCUAAGUGUUAUGCGACCAACUUCUAAGUUCACCUUACCUUCCCAACACGAUAUUAUCGAAUUAGAUUUUUCUCCAAAUGAAUUCCCAACAGAUUUGUCUCAAAAAAGUUUUAAAGUAUUAUCUCCAAAACUCGGACAGGAUGCAAAUAAUACAACUCAUAAUCAUUCAUCGCUUGACGUUUGUGAUUAUGAUAAUACCAAUGCAGCAGAUAUUGGCUACCGACAACAUAUAAAUAAGCAUAUUAUCACUGCUGGAAAAAAUACAACUUCCCACUCAAUACCGUUACAAUAUAAAACAUCUGGAAAUUCAUAUAUAGUACAAUCAAAACCGAUUACAAUUCCAUCUGAAAUACACAUUGAAGAUGAAAGGUACUCUGCAAAUGAGUUUAAUCAAUCGCGAAAGAAACAACACAAUUUAGUAGAUAUAUCUAAUAUGUCCGGAUCGUCGACUUUACUUGAUAAAUCACCAAUAAAUCUUUGUAAUCCUCUGAUAAAAGUAUCAAAUGGUGAUUUAAUGUAUAAAACUACACAUAUAGCUGCGCAACAACAUCAUGUGUCUAAAUCAUUUGACAUUCAUAGUAUGUCUUUAAAUCCAAAUAAUACGUCAAAUUUAAAAACAACAGCUCGGCCAUCAGUAAGCAUUACACCUAACUAUAUUAAGGCAACUGAACUUGCAAAAUCUGCAAAGCAAGCUGAUAAACAAAAUGCAUCAGAUUUGUCACUUCAACCUUCUAAAUCAAAACGAUCUCCGGGAAACCUGACAAAAAGAAACUAUGAAGUAAAUGAAAGAACUUCUUGUCCUAUUGAUAACGAUCCGGAAACAGCAAAAAAAAUAGCUUUGUUACCGAAAGAGCUUGUAGACAUCUUAGGAAACAUGCCAGUUGAUCACCGCAAUCAGUUACUCAAUGUUCUUCCUCAGUAUGUAUCAGUAUCAACAUCCGCUGCACCUAACAGACACGAUACUUUUUACGAUCCAAAACUGUCAUCAAGCCAUCGACACUCUCAGCCUUGCAUUGAAACUGAUAAUACAGAAAUUCCCCAACAUUCUUAUUCCGGAUUGUCUAAGAGUCAACAUUCUAUUGUUGAUAAUUAUCAAGUUCAAAAUCCGUAUUAUCAACCACAAGGAGAGACUAAGAAGUCUGAAGGCGAAUACGGCCAAUUUCAUGGUAGUAUAGAAGACACACAUAAAAGUUGCUUAAAUGACAAUAAACGGCGCUCCAUUGAUCUAAGUAUAUGUGGCAUAAUUGAUUUAACUGAUGAUAAUGCAGAUACAAUUUCUUCUUCUAUAUCUUCAGAAAAGGAAAACAAAACCGAAAGCCCGGUAGUGAAAGCAUUUAAAACUAAUAACGAAAAAACAGCAAGUUUACGUGCCGUAAGGAUUAAAGCACCAUCCGAGAGAGCUAAAUCGAUUAUUUUAGAAACGCCUCUAAAAAAGACGAUUCCAGAAAAAAUUUAUAACAUAAGCCACAGCUCAGAUAAUGGAAAUAAUGACAAUAUCCCAGUAGUGCUGAAAUUUGAAACAAGUGUGACUGAAGCUACAACCGUCUCUGUUAAUGAUGCUAUUUUAAGUGACCAAAUAGAUACGCCUUUGACGUUGACCCGAUCAGAACUUCUCGAUAGUCACAAUGAACCACGAAAAGAAAGAACAACGAACAAUGUCCUAAGUAAUGUUCCCAUGCAAGGUAUACAAACCGACAUCUCGACACUUAAUUCUGAAUCAGCUGAUAAAGACAGCGUUAACACAACAGAUCCAGAGUCACUGAUGCAGAAUGAAAGUUUAGAACGUCGGUUUGAAGUAGAAAAAAUACAGGGACACGUCGACGAAGAUGACUCAGAAGACGAUGUUUCUUUAGCUGUCAUAGUAAAACAAAAACAAAGAGAAUUAAGUAAACUAGAAACUCGUUCAAAUAAUAUCAAUCGCACAAAAAAGAACAAAUCUAUCACUAACUUAAAAGAAGAUGUCGAUGCUCUGGAUAUAACUCCUGAGUUAGAAGAUCAUAUAGCUGAUCCAAUCUUCGAUAAAACUGAUAGAAGCAAUGACGAGGAAUCAACUUUAGAUAUCGCCAUCACUAGUAAACACAAGGAAAUGUCAUUUAAGAUAUGUAUAAAACCCGUGGAGGGGAAAUCUAAAUCAGAAAAAGAUUGUAGUCCAUUUAAAAACUUUAAGGAUAAGACAGUUCAGAAAUCGCCUGGUAACGACGAAUCUAAUGUUUCUUUAAUUGAAAAAUAUUCCGAAGCUGUUCAAAAUAGUUUUGAUGAUCAGGAUCUGCAUAGAUUAUCAUCAAAUAACAACACUAUUGCUAAUAAAGUAGAAUCAAAGAAAAAUAUGAUAUCACUUCAUACACAAUCAGACUGUUUGUUGGAACCAUCGACAUAUGAAUCAAAAAAAGAGAAAAAAGAUCUUCCUUACAAAAAAAUACCUGAAAGUGCAAACCGUUUGGAAAAAGACAGAUUGAUAACUCCUCUUCGUCGCAGUAGACGGGGAAAAUCACUGUUCUUUGAUAAUAGUGAUGAUAGUUGUCAUUUUCAAAAUAUUGGUGAUGUUGGGGAGCAACGGGGCCCAUACACAAAAAAACAGUUAAUUUUCUCUAAAAUGCUCCAAGAUGAAGGAAACACUGUAGCAAAAAUCGCUGAUUCAGAUGACUUGCAACGGGAUAAAUAUGUCGAAAAUAUGCCUCUUCGUCCUCGUGAUGUAGAUCUUUGCGUUCCCACGAAAGAAAAAAGACAUAAACGGAAAAAAAUAACUCAUAAAAGAAAAAAGCAAACAAAAAUAAACGAAAACGCUCUUAGUUCAAACCCUAUGUUACCUAAUAGGGCGAGCAACAAAGUUGAAUCCUCAGAUUUUGUCCCUGAUAAAGAUGAAAUAUGUACCAUUCCGCACCGCGAAAAUAAUUCAGAAUGCGACAAAACAGACCUUCGUGCAUUGUGUAGUGUUGAGGAUAUUGACUUACCUAUGAAAAAUGUGAAGAUGACAGAAAAACGUAAAUCUAGCAGUUGUAAAAGCAAUGAACUUGUUUUGUCAGCCAAGGAAAAAAAGUUAAAAACAAUCAUUGUUGAAGACAAUGUUACUGGCCGUAAUUGUGACAACAACACUAAAAAUGUCAAGUCUAAUAAUACUCAUAUUAUUUCUGCAGUGCGACGAUGUCGUUCGAAAUCUGUCGUAUCUCAAUCAACGCCUGAAAUGUGUUAUUCAUAUGAUUCUGAUGUACCAAAUAAGGUUCCAGAGACAAAACCCAACUAUAAAGAACAGUCGGAAAAUAAGUCAUCCAAUAUAAAGAUCUUAAGCAAAGUAUCCAAUUAUGUUAACGAUGAAGUGAAAACUGAAUUUGUUAAUUUUACAGCAACAAGUAUUUUAAAUACUGAUAAAGAAGGUUGUUGCAAUAAAAAACAAGAACAAGAGGAAGAAGCAACAACCUGGAAGAUCAUUGAAACUAAAGCUAUUUUAAGUUAUCCUGAUGAAUCAUCAAAAAGCGUUGAAACAAUGAAAACGCCCCCUGAAAAGAAACCGAAAAACCCCCGCAAAAACCAAGAUAAUAGUAAUAAUGAACCUUGUGAAACAUCAACUCAAACACACAUCAAAACAGAUUCUGUUACGUUAGAAACACAUAGUACUGAAAACACUGAAAUUCAAGUCGAUACCGAUAAGAGUAAAGAAAAAAAUAAAGACAGCAGUGGCUCGUCUAGUAUAGAGUUUGAUUAUAUCGUUGAAUUAUUAUAUAAGCCUGAAAAAGAUGAUAAAGGAAAGUAUCUUAUUCAGGAAAAAGAGAAGCAAGGCAAAUUGAAGCCUCUUGUUGAUAAUCAGUGCUUGCAAAAUGAAAACACAAAUCAAGCACGCACUAUAUUUAAAACACCGUCUAUUAUUGACACCGGAGAAGAUCAGGUACACGAAACUAUUGGAAAUGCUGAAGUAAAUCAUUAUCAGAUCCCUGACAAAGAAGGAGCUUCACUAAGUGAAAAAGGUCCCAAAAUUACCGGAAAACGGAAGUCGAAUAGUUCUAAUAACAAUGAAUCAAGUUUUUCUUCAGCUGUAACAAAAAAGUUAAAAUCCACAAUCAACGACGACUAUAUAACUAGAAACAAUUGUAAUAGCAGUACCAAACGUGCUGUAACAAGCAAUGAAAAUACCGCAUACACUAUUUUGGAAAAAUCGGUGUCUGACACAGAUAAUUAUGAUUACAUUAGACAUAAAGCAGCAGAGACCCAUGCCUUUUUUAAAAGAGAAUCUUUCGAUGAUAUUGAUUCUGAAAAGAGUAAUUCUCAUAAACAGAGCAUAAUCUAUAAUCAAGAGAUGAAACGAACUGAGUGGAAUAAUUCUCCUUCGCUUAAUACUUCAUUUAGUCGAAUGGAUGACAGUACCCAGAAAAAACAGGACUGUGUGGCCGCAGGAGAGGUAUCUGAAACUAAAGUUAUUUUCAGUGAUUCUGAUGAAUCUUCAAAGAGUGAUGAACCACUGACGAAGUAUAUUGGAGAAAAGGAGAAGAAAUCACUAAUUAAACAUUCGGAACGAAAUAAAAAUGAUCCUUGUGAAACGGAUAAAAAAUGCGCUUCUGUAAGUUUAGACAAACAUGUUACUAAAACCACUGAAAUUAAAUGCGCUAAUCUCCAUCAACUAUAUAAUGAAAAACUAGAAGACAUAAAUACUUCAUCUAAUUUAGAGUUUGAUUGUGUCGUUGAAAUGUCGCACAAUCGUGAAAAAUCUGAUGAUGGACACGAUUCAAUUAAGAAAAAAGGAAAGCAAAAUAAAUCAAAACCUGUUAUUGUUAAUGAACCGACUUACGAAAAUGCGAAAGAAGCUAGUAGUGACAUUGAAACACCUUACUCAAGUAAAGUUAAGUACGGCGAAGAUUCUGAUGGCGAUGACGUUAGCCUUCAUCAGGUAUAUCGUGCUAAAGAUGUAAAUUUAACUUUGGUAGAAAAUGAUCUGAAAUUAAUCGGAAAACGAAAAUUAAACGGUCCUAAUAGCAGUGAACUUGAUUUGUUGGGCGAGACUAAAAAGUUAAAAUCGAUUAUUGAUGUCGAUGCUAAUUCUGAGAACAGUAAUAAGAUCAUUGAAAAUAACACAAAUUCUGCAGUGCAACGAUGUCGCCCGAAGUCCGUUCUAACAGAAUCGACGUGUGAAAUGUAUGAUCCAUAUGAUUUUAGUUUAUUACAUAAGGUAACAGAUGCUGAUCCGUUUUUAAAAAGAAAAUCUUUAAAAAGGCUCUCUAAUCUAAAUAAAUUAAAUAAUACCUCUAACAAUAAUGACAACGUAGACGUAACUGAGUCUAACGCUCCAUCAACAAGUAUUUUAUACAAAUCUACAGCAGAAAAUUCCCAGGAACCAGUGAAACAAGGUGUAGCGACCCGACAAGUAUCUGAAGCUCAAAGUUUCUCGAGUGAUUCUGAUGAAUCUUCAAAGAGUGAUGAACCGUUAAACAAAUGUGCUGAGAAAAAGAAAAGGAAACAAUCACAAAGUAAUCACCCUCAAAAGCCUUGUGAAACAUUACCUGAAACACAUAAGAACAAGAAAACACUUUCUGUCAGUGUAGAAAAACUGGAGACUGAGGAAGCUAACACUGAAGAGCUAUCAAAAGAAAACGAUAAUGGAAGUAGUGCCUCGUCUACUUUAGAGUUUGAUUUUCUAGUUGAAUUAUUUUACAAGCGUGAAAAAAAAGAUAAACACAAUUCUAGAUCAAACAAAGAGAAGAAGAAAAAAUCGAAUGGUGAUAAUCCUAGCUUGCGAAACGAAAACACACAAGAGGCUAGUAAUAAAAUUGAAUACAAUGAGAAUUCAGAUUGCGAUGACAAAGAUCUUCACCAGAUAUGUAGUGCUAGCGAUGUAGAUGUAGCUAUAAAAGUACCCGAAAAUCCCAUCUUGCCUACAAAAAAUACCAAAGAGGUGAUUAACAAGGACAAAACAUCAGCCACCAUUCUUGAUGCAUGUAAAGUUGAGUACAAUGGGAAGUCUUCUUGCGACAACUUAGGUCUUCAACAAAUACGUGAUGCUAACGACUUUGAUGUGCCUACAAAAAUAAUAGAUAAUAGCUUGCGAACGAUUUGCACAAAAGAGGAUAAUAAUAAAGACAAAACAUCGUUCACUAAUAUUGAUGCACGUAAAGUUGUCUACAAUGAGAAUUCAGAUUGCGAUAACUUAGGUCCUCGCCAGAUAUGUAAUGCUAGUGAUGUAGAUGUUCCCAUAAAAGUAAUUGAAAAUACAAAAUCUAAUACAACUCACAGCAACGAUCUUCGUCCAUAUUUUGAAGGAAAUAAUUUAAAAUCUAAUAUUAAUAGCGAAAAGAUGGAUGGUGAAGUUACUGAUAAAUUCGUAAGACAGUCAGAAAAUGUAAAAAAUAUAUCAACAACUGUAUCCUUAAAAUAUAGCAUAAAACCAGUAAUGCGACGAUGUCGAUCAAAAUCUCUUUUGGUGAAAUCGACCUCAGAAACGUAUGAUCCCUAUGAUAUUAAUUUAUUAGAUACAGACACAGAACCGUUUUUAAAACGGGAAUCAUUAAGUAACUCUGUUAUUCAAAAGGUAACGAGCAAAUAUCCUAUUGAUACAGACACAGUAGUUAAAACGGUCGAAUCGAAUACUCCAUCAAGUAACAUUUCACAUUCCGAAAACAAUGAUCUAAAACAGGAAAAGCAAGACUCGGUAAACCUACAAAAGCCUAAAGAACAUCCGUGUGAUUCUGAUGAAUCUUCUAAGAGCGAUGAACCGUUGACUAAGUAUAUUGAGGAAAAGGGCAAGAAGAAAUCUGAAAAGAAUGAAGAGCCACAUAAAGCAUUGCGUAAAAGAAAGAAGAAAACACUUUCUGUAACUUCAGAAAAACAUGAUCCAGAGAACAGCCACGACGAUAACGAAGAGAGAAUACGAUCAGAGCAGUUUAUGGAAAGUUUUGGAUUCUUUUCCGAAAGAAAGCCUCGGAAAUCGAAUUUGCUAGCUACGAAGAAAAUUUCAGAAACAUAUAAUCUUAUAAACUCAUUUCGUGAACCCGAGGAUAAAUCUAGCAAGAAGAAUGUGCACUCUGAAAAUAGGAAAACGACGGAUGAUGAAGGUAAUCUAAAAGAAUCUUUUAAUACAUCUAAUAAAAAAGUUUCGAAACGUGGUAGGAAAAAGAAAAUUUCUACUAAAAUUGAAAUUUCCUAUUGUGAAGCAUGUAGGAAAGAAUUUCGUAGGCCGGAUAACUUUUUGCGCCACCUACUGUCACUUGAGCAUGUGUCUCGUCUAUCUGAUGUAGAAUUGAAUGUUAUGAACGUAUCUACAAAUGAAGACAUUAAUUAUUUAGUUAUAUACAAGCAACAGUUAGAUCGUUUAAAAGUUUUGCAAGAUAAAAUUUCUAGAAGAAAAAUAUAUUGUAAAUCUCUUGAAAAUAUUGCAUUACCAACAUUAGAGGAUAUUAUUGCAGAUGUUACGAGGACGGUCAGACAGCAACAACUUGCACAUCGCGGUCUCAGUAGAGACGAGGCUCUUUUUCUAGAUUGUUGUGAGCUUCUAAAUGCAAGCCAUAAUGAUGAUGGAUCAGGUAGGGCUAAAGAGUCAUCAGAUUGUAAAAUAAAAUGUUAUACCUGUGUACAGACUUCGGCUGAUUGUUUAAAUUUAUUAGAAAAACGUAUUAAUGAUAUUUUAGAAGAAAAAUGUGAUGAUGGUGAUGUAGAUUCUAUUACAGCUCAAGAUAUUAUGGAAAGUGAAGAGGUUCGAAACUUAGAAAAUGAUUUAAUAACUGGUCUAAAAGAGGCAGCAGCAAGCGCAAGUAAUUUUAAAGCUAAAUCAUUAACUACAUGUACGCCUGAGGUUGGAGUUGAUACUAAGCAAGUGAAUAGGAUUGAACAUCCUAAAGAUGUCAAUAUCAUCAAUCAAUCGGAAGAAAUGAAAAGUAAAAAAGCGUAUGAGGUAAAAGAAAAAAUGUAUCCCGAUGUAAUUGAAGACAUUGACAUGUUUGAGGAUAAAUUCGAUAAAAUUAAAAGGAAAUGUAGAUCUCAGGCAGCUAAGCAGACCAAGUAUGUGGAAACUAGCACAAGUACUAAAAGCCGGAAGAAAGUCGAAAAGAAAAAAAGGAAGAAGAGUCUCAAAAAGAAUAGCACCCAUGGCGCAGUUCCCACUAAAGGCGCUUUAAAGGGUUUUGAAGGUGUGAAAGUAUCAAUUUUAACGUCUGAAAUCAAUAUGGCAUCAAUUCUUCCUCCUUUAUCAACACCUGCAAAAAGAAAGAAACGAAAUAACAGCAAACGAAAAAAAGAAAGAAAACAUUCAGAAAAUAUUAAAAAUGAUAGCGAGCACAACAGUAAAGAUACUCAGAAAAAACUUGACGUAUACGAAUUUAUGGACAGUGAAGAGGCUGAACCGUUUGAAUUCAGACCUUCUACUGUAAUGGAGCGUUUUAAGAGUAUAAAAGACGUGAAACCCAGUACCUCAAAGUCGCAGCCUAUUGAUGUUGAUCCGGAAGUCUCUAGUGAAAGUGUGUCUGAUGGUGAUGAUUUUGUUUAUAUGUCAGAUGACUACAUUUGCAGCGAUGCUGAGACGGAGAAUAGUUUAAUGUCUUGUGAAUUAGGAAACACCAAAAAUUCAUCUGAAGUUAAAAAAUCAAUUUCUACACCGAAAAGAAAAGACACAACUGAGAAAAGUGCAGUUAUGGGGAAAAUAUUUAAGCACAAUGCUGUGAGACCUGAGAAAAAAAUGGUGAAAACAAAAGAACCAAUAAAGCCAAAAGCGAAUUUGGACCAACUUUUUGACAGUUUACUUGAAGAACCCAAUUCACCAAUAUCUUCAUCUCCUAAAAAAGAAGACUUGUACAAUUUGGAAUCCACGUUUUCUCAUAAUAGUGAUACCUCCAAACGCAGUAGUAAAUCUGUAAAAAGUCAAGACCAUGAUGAUCCCGACGAUUCAGAUUCGGAACAGUCAAGAAAAAUAGAAAGAAGUCCUACGCCAGAAUCUUGUACAAGUCUUAUUACACAACGUAAAAGAAGAGAAUCCCAAAACUCUUCUUCAAAAGAAAAAGAGGUUUCCACUGAUAAAGAAGAUGAAUAUCAAGCUAGCUCCAGUACUUCAACAUCUAAAGAAAAAAAUAAAUUUAGUUUUAAACAUACGUCACGUAAAAAGAAAGAAGUAUCGUAUGAAAACUAUGAUGAUAAGUCAUUCAAAUAUGAAACUAAGCGAGGGAACACGAUAUCUCCCAAUAAUGACGACGUCGAAUCGCUUUUUAGCGUUGAUGAAUCAUCGCCUGAUGAUAAUGACAGUCUAACAGAUGAUAAUAGACUUAAAUCGAAAGAAAAGGAAUUUAGAAUUAAGUCUACUGACACAGAUAUGGAAAAUAACAGUUUUGAUUAUAUCGACGAACCUGUUAAAACUUAUGAUGAGACGGGAGUGGCUCGCCAAAGGGCCCGUCGUAAGUGCACUGUGGGAAAACAAAAUGUUUUGGCCGAGAGUUGGAGUUCAGAAUCUGAGCCGGAUGGUAUCCCGCCAAGGCCCAAUAGCGCCGAUUCUGUUGCUGCUGGAACGAGUCGAAAGAAGAAAAAUAGAAAAAAAGACAGCCAUGCGCUUGGGAUUCGUAAGAGCGGCAACCGACAAGUAUCGGCGAAACGUGAAUCGCAUUGCAGCACUCGAAGCAACCGAAAUGCUUCGGAAAGUAUUUCAAGAGUAGUGCCAACAACGAGACCAAGUGCGGUGUGUUCCUCGAGCUCAAAGGCACGCACUCGCCCUUCGCCCUACUACUGGUCAGAUGAACAGGAGCCCGAACACGUGCAGCAACACGGCUGGAUCGUCGGAGACAGCCAUAAGAAACUUGUCACUAUGUUGGCCCACGCUAAAGGUAAGCGAAAUAACGACGACAAAAGAAACUUGGUUGAGUAACUUUUAUUUUAUAGAACUAAUUGUUUUAAAUGUAAAUAUACUGUACAUAUUGUAUUCUAGUUCUCUAUGUCAUAUUUGAUGACAUCUGACCAGACACAUUUUAAAACUAAACUGUAAUUGAUUGAUUUUUGUACAUACUGUAUAUGGUUUAUAGAUUUAAUAUUUGUUAUUGAGUAAUAGUUAAAUUCUGGUUGACAUUUGUUUAAGCUGAGGGUCCUCUUUCUAUUUCUAAUAAUUUUAUUUUAUUUCUUUUUAAACGACAAAUACAUAUAAUAAUUAUAAAAGGCUUUUGGACAUGAGCUUAUGUUAAAUGUCAAAUCCUAAUUUCGAGUAAAUUUAGGGAAAAUUUUAUAUUUGAUGAAUUAACUAAAAAGAUAUAUUAUUGUAAAUUUUAUAAACAAGAACUAUUAUUUCUAUAUCUUACUUUUAAUAUGCAAUUUUAUCUAACUUAAUGGAGUGUUGAUUAUAUAAAAUAUGUUUUAUGUUGAAAAAAUAAUUUGUUUCUUGGAUACGAUAAAUCAUUAAUUAUAUAUAUUUUUAAUUAGCUUGACAGACAGAGAGAGAGAGAGAGUGAGAGUUUAAUUGGGGAUUUUCUACACAGACCUCGGAAUCUGAUUACUAGCACUGUCAGUAGGUAAAAUUAUUUUUUUUGGAAAAGUGCAGUCCAGAAUUUCGUUGCUAAUAAAACGUCUCCACGUGGGUCUGUGGAAAAUCCCCCUGUUGGAAGGGGCUGAUAAGAUGGUGUCUGGAUAUUUUAAGAAUUUUAAGUUGAUCAAUUUGUUAAUUAUUUAUAAACGUAUACAUAAUAAUAAUUUUAAUAAUUUACAAACGAAAUCUCAAGUUUUGUAAUUUCUAGUCCAGUGUAAAAAGGUACUACCCCACUAUCAGCCUCGUUCUUUCUUAGGAUUUAAUCGUAUGUGAUUCACAAUCAACAAAAUAAGACUUAUUUUUUCUUUAAUGAGUGUGUUGAAAAAUUUGCGUUACAUAAUAAUAGUGAUUAAUUUGAGACGCUUUUUCUGGCUUGAUACCACGAGCAACAGUCUAUAUAAGAAACACGCAGUCUUGAAGACUCUGAUUAAUAUACAGAAUAUUUAGCUGAUAUCGUAAAUGUACUGAUUGUAAUGUAGCAUUAUAUUACAUUUUGUGUUAGAUCACUUGUGAUUUUGAUUUAAGAAUCCAUGAGAAUAGUCUGUCUCAUGAAAUAAACGAUACAAUAAGCACAUAGAAAGUAAUCCUUUUAUUCAACUCGAUUUUAACUUAAAUGUCUCAAUGUUGCGGUGGAUACGUAAAACUUGUAACACGUACACAAAAUAUAUAUUAUAAUAAAUGUUAUUUUAUUCAUUCUGUAAAAUUAAUAUUUAAUAGCUGAAGACCUAAUUUAUCUCUGUAAGGCUGGGGUGUCCCAUCUAUAAUUGUCUCUAUCCAUUGUUGUAUUUCUGUGUCAGAUUUGUAUGUCAUGAUUAUAAUUCAAUGUUAUUUCUAAGAUGGAUAAUUAAUGAUUACAUACUUUCUAAAUAUAUGUGGUAUCUAGAUAA